AUGGCAUCAUCUUUGGAGGAGCUUCUUGCAGAGGAAGGGUUUAGAGGAAGGACUUCGGUUACAAGGUUGAGAUCAUCUGUCAGGUUAGAGGCCUUGAGCAAGCUGGAUUCGCCGUUUAGUAACAGAGUGAGGACGGAGAGGACGAGGUCCGAUGUUUCUCGGUACAGCUCGAAGGGUGAAUUGUCGAGUAGUGAUAGUACCACGCUUAGGAGGCCAAGAGAUUAUCUUGUUAGAAGAGAGAACCUAUAUGCUGAAAUGAAAAAUGGAAAUAAAAACAGGCUUGAAGGAGGAGGUUCUAGUGAUCGGCGAGAGGACGAUUUUCGGGGAAACGAGAUCGUUGAGAUAGGAGUGGAAGAAACCGAGAGAGUGAAGGAUGUAUUUGCUAAUGUCGGGCGGCACAGUUUAGGGAGACGAGAUAAAAGGAACGAUGAUGCUUCUACUAAAUACCUACUUGGUCGAAGAAGCUAUAGUGAUAAUCAUCGAAACAACUUGAAGCUGCAGGAUGCUGCUUAUGACAAUGCUAACAGAGGUUCACGGAAUCGUAAAAGCUUUAAAGAUGGCCACCACGAAAAGCAUGAUGAUCCGGUACCAAUGGUUUCUCAACCUGCCCUUGAUGAAGUUGCUAUUCAAGCACUUGUAUCCAUCUUAAGCAGUUAUAUUAAACGCUUUAUCCGAGACGACGAAUUCCGUGAUGUUCUUCGUCUCAAAUGUUUCUCCUCCCUCGACUUUAUCGGACUAGAAGACAAUGACAUUGAAGACAAAGUCAUUGUCAACCUUGAGCAAGCAAUCGAGAUGGUAGAGAAAGCCAUUGGAGAGUGUGUCAAUGCAAAAGAACUGAAAAAGGCUUCAUUGCAGCUUAGUGUGAUAACUGGCUUGAAUUCGAACGACUUGAAGGACAGCUUCACGCACGGGUUUCCUAACGCAAUGCUGUCCUCAUGUGCUCAUCUUUACCUAAGUUUGAUAUAUAAGCUACAAAAGAAGGACAGGGUUUCGGCAAGGCAUCUUCUGCAAGUGUUUAGAGAUUCACCUUCUCAGGCACGGACGAAUCUCUUGCCCGAACUGUGGGACGAUUUGUUUCGCCCACAUCUUUCACAUCUCGAGGCUUGGUACAAUCAGGAAGCUAGUUCUCUAUCAGAUGCACCAAGCAGGGAGAGGAAACUGAAGCUUCUUGAGAAAGUGUACAAUGAAACCGUGGAUUCUAGCACUUACCAAUUAGCUUCUUAUUACAAGGAUUGGCUCACCGAGGGUAUAGAAGCUCCUCCUUUCCCUUCCAUCCAUGUUCCGUCCGUAUCAGUCGGAAAAAUUCAACAAGAGGAUUCACUUGCUCAUUCUCCAGAUCUAGCUAGUCCAACUAGUCCUUUCUCACCUCAGCCGAUGGUGAGUAAAAAGUUAUAUGAUGCUGUAUUUGGACGAUCCAGUAAACCCGGACUAGAGGAAACCGGAGAUAACGAGUUACAUUACUAUGAUACAUGCGGGAAAAGCUCAGAUAUCUCUUCUAUUUAUGUUAAACAGACAUUAACGUUCUCUUCAGAGACGGUGAAAUAUCCAUGCCAAAAUCAUGGCGAAGCUUCCUCCAAAAGUCCGCGGGAUGAUGCAUCCUUUCUUGAAGAUGGCAUCUCCUCAACAGCCGAGGAAGAAUGGAGACUGCCAGGACUGAGCAUGCUGCAAGAAAAAGAGGCUUAUAACAUAUGGAAGACAACUGCACAAGAUUACGAUGAGCUACAUUCACCUGUUCCUUUAACUGCCAAUGAGCUCAUGCUCAAAAGGCUAGCAAAAUCGGCAUUUCAGCUGCAACAAACUAAGAUCACAGAUGAUCUUACUCUCUCUGGUCUUCCUAACUUUAGUGAAGAGUUGUAUGAAACUUAUGGAUGUUCUGAUGAAGAAUCCUUAUUCUCAAGCAUACACAAGGACUUUAUUUGUCCUCUGACAGGAAAGUUGUUCAAAGACCCGGUGACUUUGGAGACGGGUCAAACCUUUGAGAGAAUGGCCAUCAAGGAGUGGUUUAAUCAGGGAAAAAUAACUUGUCCAGUAACAGGGAAAUCAUUGGAUUAUCUGUUGGUGCCGCAUACCAACAUUAUUUUGAAACGGGUAAUCGACAGUUGGAAAUCGGACAAUUGUAUGAAAAACUUGGCAUUGGCCUUUCAAAUAGUUGGUAAUCCAAAGGAACAUGGGUUACUAAGGAGGGGGGGAAAGGCUAUAUUUAUUUUAGACCAAUUUCUUACCACUUUAAGCAAAGAAGAAAGAAUAAUGAAUACCAUACACCUUAUUUCUCUCGGAGCUUUGCCAUUUCUCAUUCAAAGGUUUAAACCAGGAAACAUGGAAGAGAACGUACGUGUCGCAGCACUUCUUUCCUGUUGCAUUGAAGCAGAUUCAGUCUCCAGAUAUCAAAUAGCGAGAGACAUUAACAAACAGUGUCUAUUCAAGCUGGUUUGCAGCAAGCGAGUAAACUCGAGGACAAAUGCAGUGUUGUUACUGGCAGAACUGAUAUGCUUGAGCAGGUUUGUGAUAUUUAAUUUUUCUAUGAAAGGUUCAACAUAAGGUA